AUGAUGGCGGCCGAGGCCGGCAGUGAGGAGGGCGGCCCGGUCACCGCCGGGGCAGCAGGAGGCGGUGCGGCCACGGGCUCAAGUCUCUAUCCGGCAGUGUGUCGGGUGAAGAUACCCGCGGCCCUGCCGGUGGCAGCUGCGUCCUAUACUGGCCUAUCGGAGGGCAGAGUGGCCGGGACUCUGGAUGGCGGAGCCGCUUUGGGGUCAGGAUUUCUAGGAGCCGGGUCUGUGGCGGGGGCACUGGGGGGAGCCGGACUGUCAGGGGGAGGUGCUGCUGCUGGCGGGGCCGGUGCUGCGGCCGCUGCGGGAUCUGGCGGGGAGAUGGCUUUCACCAAAGGGACCAACUCGUUACCUGCUGAGACCUUCGGGUCAGGAGGCGGAUUCCCUCCUCUGCCGCCACCUCCCCAACUGCCCUCUUUGGGCACGGGCCUGGGGACAGUGGACGAAGGUGAUUCUCUGGAUGGACCAGAAUACGAGGAAGAAGAGGUAGCCAUCCCGCUCACCGCUCCUCCAACAAACCAGUGGUAUCAUGGAAAACUUGAUAGAACUAUGGCAGAAGAACGCCUCAGACAGGCAGGCAAGUCUGGCAGUUACCUAAUAAGAGAGAGUGAUCGGAGGCCAGGGUCCUUUGUACUUUCAUUUCUUAGCCAGACAAAUGUUGUCAACCAUUUUAGGAUUAUUGCUAUGUGUGGAGAUUACUACAUUGGUGGAAGACGUUUUUCUUCACUGUCAGACCUAAUAGGUUAUUACAGUCAUGUUUCCUGUUUGCUGAAAGGAGAAAAAUUGCUUUAUCCAGUUGCACCACCAGAGCCAGUAGAAGACAGAAGGCGUGUGCGAGCCAUUCUGCCUUACACAAAAGUACCAGACACUGACGAAAUAAGUUUCUUAAAAGGAGAUAUGUUCAUUGUUCAUAACGAAUUAGAAGAUGGAUGGAUGUGGGUUACAAAUCUAAGAACAGAUGAACAAGGCCUUAUUGUUGAAGACCUUGUAGAAGAGGUGGGCCGGGAAGAAGAUCCACAUGAAGGCAAAAUAUGGUUCCAUGGGAAAAUUUCCAAACAAGAAGCUUAUAAUUUACUAAUGACAGUUGGCCAAGUCUGCAGUUUUCUUGUGAGGCCCUCAGAUAACACUCCUGGUGACUAUUCACUUUAUUUUCGGACCAGUGAAAAUAUUCAGCGUUUUAAAAUAUGUCCAACACCAAACAAUCAGUUUAUGAUGGGAGGCCGAUAUUAUAACAGCAUUGGGGACAUCAUAGAUCACUAUCGGAAGGAACAAAUUGUUGAAGGUUAUUAUCUUAAGGAACCUGUACCAAUGCAGGAACAAGAACAAGUACUCAAUGAUACAGUGGAUGGCAAGGAAAUAUAUAAUACAAUUCGUCGAAAACCAAAAGAUGCCUUUUAUAAAAAUAUUGUUAAAAAAGGUUACCUUCUAAAAAAGGGCAAAGGAAAACGGUGGAAAAAUUUAUAUUUUAUCCUAGAGGGCAGUGAUGCCCAACUUAUUUAUUUUGAGAGUGAAAAACGAGCUACAAAACCAAAAGGAUUAAUAGAUCUGAGUGUGUGUUCUGUCUAUGUUGUCCAUGAUAGUCUCUUUGGCAGGCCAAACUGUUUUCAGAUAGUAGUCCAGCACUUUAGUGAAGAACAUUACAUUUUUUACUUUGCAGGAGAAACUCCAGAACAAGCAGAGGAUUGGAUGAAAGGUCUUCAGGCAUUUUGCAAUUUACGGAAAAGUAGUCCAGGAACAUCUAAUAAACGCUUGCGUCAGGUCAGCAGUCUUGUUUUACAUAUUGAAGAAGCCCAUAAACUCCCUAUGAAACAUUUUACUAAUCCAUAUUGCAACAUCUACCUGAACAGUGUCCAGGUAGCAAAAACUCAUGCAAGGGAAGGGCAAAACCCUGUAUGGUCAGAAGAGUUUGUCUUUGAUGAUCUUCCUCCUGACAUCAACAGAUUUGAAAUAACUCUUAGUAAUAAAACAAAGAAAAGCAAAGAUCCUGAUAUCUUAUUUAUGCGCUGCCAGUUGAGCCGGUUACAGAAAGGGCACGCCACAGAUGAAUGGUUUUUGCUCAGCUCCCAUAUACCAUUAAAAGGUAUUGAACCAGGAUCCCUGCGUGUCCGAGCACGAUACUCUAUGGAAAAAAUCAUGCCAGAAGAAGAAUACAGUGAAUUUAAAGAGCUUAUACUGCAAAAGGAGCUUCAUGUAGUCUAUGCUUUAUCACAUGUGUGUGGACAGGACCGAACACUACUGGCCAGCAUCCUGCUGAGGAUUUUUCUUCAUGAGAAGCUUGAAUCAUUAUUGCUAUGUACACUAAAUGACAGAGAAAUAAGCAUGGAAGACGAAGCCACUACCUUAUUUCGAGCCACAACACUUGCAAGUACCUUGAUGGAGCAGUAUAUGAAAGCCACUGCUACACAAUUUGUUCAUCAUGCUUUGAAAGACUGCAUUUUAAAGAUAAUGGAAAGCAAGCAGUCUUGUGAGUUAAGUCCAUCAAAGUUAGAAAAAAAUGAAGAUGUGAACACUAAUUUAGCACACUUAUUGAACAUACUUUCAGAGCUUGUGGAGAAAAUAUUCAUGGCUUCAGAAAUACUUCCACCGACACUGAGAUAUAUUUAUGGAUGUUUACAGAAAUCUGUUCAGCGCAAGUGGCCUACAAAUAACACCAUGAGAACAAGAGUUGUUAGUGGUUUUGUUUUUCUUCGACUUAUCUGUCCUGCCAUCCUGAACCCACGGAUGUUUAAUAUCAUCUCAGAUUCUCCAUCUCCUAUUGCUGCAAGAACACUGACAUUAGUGGCUAAGUCUGUUCAGAACUUAGCAAAUCUUGUGGAAUUUGGAGCUAAGGAGCCCUAUAUGGAAGGUGUCAAUCCUUUCAUCAAAAGUAACAAACAUCGUAUGAUCAUGUUUUUAGAUGAACUCGGGAAUGUACCUGAACUUCCAGACACUACUGAACAUUCUAGAACUGACCUGUCCCGUGAUUUAGCAGCUUUGCAUGAGAUUUGUGUGGCCCAUUCAGAUGAACUGCGAACGCUCAGUAAUGAGCGUGGUGUACAGCAGCACGUACUGAAAAAGCUUCUGGCUAUAACAGAACUGCUUCAACAAAAACAAAACCAAUACACAAAAACCAAUGAUGUCAGGUAGCAGCCUUCACCCAAGUGUUCUGCAUGGAUUCAACAUGUCCAACAUGGUAAAUUCACAUCCGUGUGUCUCCUCUGCUCUUGCCAAAAAAUAGCACACCUUUCCACAUUCCAGUGAUGUGUGAGCUAUGCAAACAAAGCCCUAGAUUCUGCUGGUGACUAACUGAGCCAGCAGCUUUGUAAGCUAUCUGUGCAGGAUAUUUGCACUUUUUCCACAUAUGGAAUUAAUCUUUACCAACCUCUGAGCCUUGGUGUACAGAUCACCUUUCAUACAACAAAAUGACUAUCUUGAACUUUGAGAAUAUAUUUUCAAUACAUCCAAUUGCCAAAGUUUUGCUGUCUCUCGGAAAAAGAACUGAAAUCAACUGACAAGAAAAAACAUUCUGUCAACAAUUGAAUAUAACUGGAUUUGCAGACUGUUCUUACUGUAACUUCUUCCUGAUACAGAACAUGACCGUUUGACUGUUCAAUGACUUUUAUUUGUAUUUACAGUUUCCAGAGUUUGCCAUUAUAAUAGGAACAAUCUUUGCUGUAUACUUUUUAAAAAUAUUGUGCUAUUCUCUUGCUGGAACUGUUGAAAGAGAAUUCUAGAAUGGAUCUAUUGCUCAUCAGCUUUAUUUUUUAAACAUACCACUUAUUUGAACUGUCAAAGACUGUAUUUAGAUUUCAUAAUGCUUUUUGUUAAAUGUUUACAACAGUAAAUAAUUUCAAUUCAAUAAAUAUUAUUGGUUGUACUAAUGAUCGAUGCAUGUUACCCAUUCAACCAUUUUAUAGAUUACCAAUUUCUUUUGUGUUAAAAAAGAAAGAAAACCUAGAAUGCUUUUUGUUGAAAGUAUUCUUUUAUUCCAAGUUGAUUUUGGUUAUGCAGACCACCUCAUCAGUCAUGUUAACAGCUAUCCAUUUUUGAACUUCUGACUACUUAUUGUAUCUGCUGGGUAUUUAGUUUGUAUAGUUUUAUUUGCUUCUGUAUGUGUAUUUUUGUGAAGUAUUCACAAGGGUUAAGUUAAAAUAAAACCAAGGGAUACUAAA